AUGACGAAACGAAAAGAAAACGAAAACGAAUACAAGGGUUCAGAGGGGGUUCAGAGGGGUUCAGAGUCAGAGGGCUUACCUUUGUUUGUAUUCUUCGUCGCGCUCCUCACUUCGUUAAGGAAGGGACCGGGUGCUUGGAAUAUUGUUGGGUUUGAGUUUGCAUUUGGUGAGGGAAAGGGAAAGGAAAAGGGUAGUUAUUUGAGUGAGAGUGAGAGUGAGAGUGAGAGUCAGAGUGUGAGUGAGAGUGAGGGAAACAAGUACAAGGGAGAAAGUUCAGACGUCAAUAUGGGUGGUGGUGAUGGAUAUCGCGCAGUGGCGUAUUUUGUUAAUUGGGCAAUCUAUGGCCGAAAACAUCUACCCCAGGAUCUCCCUGCGGAAAAAUUAACACACAUCCUCUAUGCCUUUGCCAAUGUUCGCCCGGAGUCAGGUGAAGUAUACAUGACGGAUGGCUGGGCCGAUACCGAUAUUCAUUUCGAUGGUGAUUCCUGGAAUGAUGUCGGGACCAAUCUCUAUGGUUGCUUGAAGCAGCUCAAUAUUCUCAAGUCUCGAAAUCGCUCUUUGAAGAUCUUGUUAAGUAUUGGCGGUUGGACAUAUUCAUCCAACUUUGCUCAGCCAGCUUCUACCGAGAGUGGAAGAAAGCAGUUUGCGGAGAGUGCGGUGGAGUUGAUUAAAAAUUUGGGAUUCGAUGGCAUUGACAUCGAUUGGGAAUAUCCCAAAAACGAGAACGAAGCCCGGGAUUACGUAUUACUGUUGCAAGAAUGCAGGGAAGCCAUGGAUCGCUAUUCCAGCACUCUUCCCAAUCCCCACCAUUUCGAGCUCACAGUAGCCUGUCCCGCCGGUCCUCAAAAUUACAAUAACAUGGAUAUUAGCGGCAUGGAUCAACAUCUCGAUUUUUGGAACCUGAUGGCCUAUGAUUAUGCGGGGAGUUGGGAUAGCGUUGCAGGACACCAGGCAAAUGUUCAUGCAAGUGGGGGAAACCCGGGAUCAACACCGUAUAAUACGGAGGAUGCAGUGAGGGCUUAUGAGGAGAGAGGGGUGCAGGGUCAUAAGAUUGUACUUGGGAUGCCGAUUUAUGGGAGGGCGUUUCAGGCGACGGAUGGGCUGGGUCAGGGGUUUAGUGGGGUGGGGGAGGGGACUUGGGAGAAUGGUGUGUGGGAUUUUAAAAAGUUGCCGCAGGAGGGAGCGGUGGAAAUCAUGGAUGAGGAGAUUUGUGCUAGUUAUUCAUACAACGAAAACACCAAAACCCUCAUAUCAUACGACACGAUCGAAAUCGCCCGCAAGAAGGCUGAUUACAUUAAGGAAAGAGGCCUCGGUGGCGCCAUGUGGUGGGAAUCCUCAGCCGAUCAUCCCGAACCGGAUAAAUCUCUAAUUCAUAACGUGGUGGAUGUUUUGGGGAUACUGGAGGGAAGUCAGAAUUGUAUUGAGUAUCCGGAGAGUAAGUAUGAGAAUUUGAGGAGGGGGUUUUAG